GUGGACUUGGGCGGCGCUGCCUGGUGGGUCAGCCGGGCGGGAGCGGACCCGGACACCCUGUGCCCGCGCCGUCCGCGCCCGAUGCAGCCGCCCCCGGACGAGGCCCGCAGGGACGCGGCCGAGGACGCCCAGUGGUCCAGACCCGAGUGCCAGGUGUGGACAGGGACGCUGCUUCUGGGGACAUGCCUGCUAUACUGCGCCCGCGUCAGCAUGCCCGUCUGUGCCGCCGCCAUGAGCCAGGACUUCGGCUGGAACAAGAAAGAGGCCGGUGUCGUGCUCAGCAGCUUCUUCUGGGGCUACUGCCUGACUCAGGUGGUGGGUGGCCACCUGGGGGACCGGAUCGGGGGUGAGAAGGUCAUCCUGCUGUCGGCUUCUGCCUGGGGCUUCAUCACCGCCGCCACGCCGCUGCUCUCCCACCUCGGCAGCGCCCACCUGGCCUUCAUGACCUUCUCUCGCAUCCUCACGGGCUUGCUCCAAGGGGUUUACUUCCCUGCGCUGACCAGCCUGCUGUCCCAGAAGGUGCAGGAGAGAGAGCGAGCCUUCACCUACAGCACCGUGGGGGCCGGCUCCCAGUUUGGGACGCUGGUGACGGGGGCCGUAGGCUCCCUGCUCCUGGACUGGUACGGCUGGCCGAGCGUCUUCUAUUUCUCGGGUGGGCUCACCCUGCUGUGGGUGUGUUACGUGUACAGGUGUCUGCUGGGUGAGAAAGAUCUCAUCCUGGCCUUGGGCGUCCUGGCGCAGGGCCUGCCGGUGUCCAGACACACCAAGGUGCCCUGGAGACUGCUCUUCCGAAAGCCUUCUGUGUGGGCGGCCAUCACCUCCCAGCUCUCAGCGGCCUGCUCCUUCUUCAUCCUCCUCUCCUGGCUGCCGACCUUCUUUAAGGAGACCUUCCCCAGCUCCAAGGGCUGGGUCUUCAACGUGGUGCCCUGGCUGGUGGCCAUUCCUGCCAGUCUGUUCAGCGGGCUUCUCUCAGACCGUCUCAUCAAUCAGGGUUACAGGACCGUCACUGUGCGGAAGUUCAUGCAGGUGAUGGGCCUCGGUCUGUCCAGCGUUUUUGCCCUGUGUUUGGGCCACACCUCGAGCUUUUGUAAGUCUGUGGUCUUUGCAUCAGCCUCCAUCGGCCUCCAGACCUUCAACCACAGCGGCAUUUCCGUUAAUAUCCAGGACCUGGCCCCGUCCUGUGCCGGCUUUCUGUUUGGUGUGGCCAACACAGCUGGGGCUUUGGCAGGAGUCGUGGGCGUGUGCCUCGGUGGCUACCUCAUCGAGACCACGGGCUCCUGGACGUCUGUGUUCAACCUGGUGGCAGCCAUCAGCAGCCUCGGGCUAUGCACCUUCCUGGUGUUCGGGAAGGCCCAGCGGGUGGACCUGAGCCCCGCCCACGAGGACCUCUAGCCGACCGACCCGCCGUCCCCGAGGGCCCAGAGCCAUCAGCCUCGGGGACAGCGCUCAGCUUAGAGGCCCCCUGCCCCUGGCCCGCAGUGUGAGCAGAGGAGAGGCUGCCUCAGCCCAGCAGGGGGGUGCAGUCCGGUCCCCCCGCCCUUGGGGGUAGCAGCCUCCUUACACCUGUGCUGGGCCCUCACGGUGGGUGGAUUAGUAUCUUUAGUAGCAGCAGCUUCGUCGCAGACACGGUCUGUUCCUCGUAGAUCCGUACAAGCCCCACGUGGUCAGCCCGCCCCGGGACCGUGUCACCGCAGGGCAGGGCGCCCCACUGGAGUCUCUCCCCCAGACUGCUUGGCUCUGUUUCUCAGCCCUUGGGGCCGGAUCAUGCUCCGUGGUGGGCCGUCCUGUGCACCGCGGGGUGUUUAGCAGCAUCCCUGGCCCCCACCCACCAGAUGAGCCCCCCCCAGUCAUGACGGCCAACCCUGUCUCCUGACAUCACCAAGUGUCCCCGGGGGACCCGCCCCUGGCUGAGGAGCACGGCUCUAGAAGAAGGCCGGGGAGGGCUGUGGAGUUUCCACUUCUCCAAGCAGCCAGGCUGAGGCCCCCCCAGUUCGAUGGGUGGGCAGAAGUGGGGGCUCGAGGCCCCUGUGCAUCGUUGGGAACCCUGCCCCCGGCGUCCCCUCCCAUGGAUUCCCAGGCACUGGCGAUGCGUCCUGCUCCCCUGGUGCCUGGCGAGGGCGCGUGGGCUCCCGCUCCUGGCCGGGACACGCCCUGGGACCAGCGAACCCACCGGCCCGCCUUGUCUUUCUCCCUCCUUGUUUACAAUAGAGGGGCCGGUCGUCUCGCGGAUUAAUAAUGGAUUUUGCAAGAUGUAUGUGCAGAGAAAAGAAACUAUGAGAAUGUGGAAAAGCAUACC